UUCAUGGAGAUUCAUUGAAUUUAUUUAUAAAGGCUGAGAAGAAAAGUUCUAACGAAAAACUAAACUAUUUAUAAAACGGAAACUGUUAAUUAAAAAACGCACAUUAGAAGCUGCCGUAAAGUGUAAUAAAAUAAUUAACACAAUUCUGAAGAUAUUUUAGAGGAGUUGCAGUGAAACGAAAAUUCUAAAAGACACACUCGCAAAAAGAUGACAAUGAAAAAACAAUUACGUCUGCUAGCUAAACCUUAUUAUUGGGUUAAUAUCAUAAUGGCCCUGUCCUAUUUAAUAGCCAAAAAGACUAUACCCAUUUGCUCGAGAAUAUUCAAGCAUAGGGGUGAAGACGAAAUGUGCGACCUGGACAGUCGAGAAACAGAGAUUUUGUUCUUUUUGCUAAUUGUGAUAAUGAUAAGAAGCCGCAAAACGGGUAGCGUUACUAUGAUCAACUAUUUAUCCUCAUCAUUCUUGUACACAAAAGUAGCUAAUGCGAUUUUAUGGGCAUAUAGUGAUUUUCGUUAUGGUUUGGGCUUUUUGCUGCUGUGUGUGUUGGUGGGUAUGCUGCUGCCGGAGCCCACAUAUAAGGGCCCAGAACAUAUAACCUACUUUCGUACGGCACAAUCUUUUGAAGACGAAUUGGCCCGUGACAAACGCAUUAAUUGGUUGAUUUGCUUUUAUACGGUAUGGAAUCCUAGCUGUGUGAAUUUUGCUCCCAUAUUUGCUGAAUUAUCGGCUGAAUACAAUUUGGAUAAUUUGAAAUUUGGAAAAAUUGAUGUAGGCCGUUUUCCCGAUAUGGCUCAAAAGUAUCGCAUCUCGGAUAGCAGUUUCUCACGUCAGCUACCAACUGUUAUACUUUUUCAAAAUGGUAAAGAGGGUGAACGUCGCCCCAUGGCUGAUGCUAAAGGCAAACUGCAGAAAUUCUUCUUUUCGUCGGACAAUGUUAGAGCCGCGUUUGGUCUUAACAAUUUGUACAAGCAAUGUGUAGAGAAUCCAAUACCUGUCAAGGCAGCCAAACAAACGGCUGCUAUUAAAAAGGCCCAAUAAAUGAAGAAGGACACAGCAUAUACAUCAAUCACAGGAAAACACGUCAUAAAUUCAAUAUCGUCAUUAUGUGUGAUUUGGUUUUUAUUAGAGACACUUGAACAAUGAAUGAUAAGAAAGGUUCUUAACUGAUUUUUGGCAACAAGAACGAUGGAGAGAUACCGCCUAUAACGCAAUACAUUUAUUAGUUAGUAUAUGUAUGUUAAAUAUUUAACUCAAUUGUAUAAAAUAUGUCUUCAUUAAUUAUAGUUACUCUUAUGAUGCAACGUGUUUAAAAAAAAUGCAAUUAAGUUUUAAUUUUCUGUGCUAUUCGAUUUUAUUUUGUUGGUAGCUUUUCUACACCAUUUCCAUGGAAAUAUAGAGCAAACAAGUGAAAUAGAUAUACAAAAUAUUAAAUAAACUCAAAAUGUAAAUUUAUACAAACUGGCUAAUUCGAAAUAAAAAAAUCUAUUUGAAAACAAAUGUUAAACUUUUUUGGAAAUGGUGCAGCAAACGCUACCUAUUAAAUUUUUUUUGUUACUAUAAUUUAUAAUUUAUUUAUAAAAACAAUGCUUCGUUUUAAUCACGUUUUAGAAAUUUAUCUUUAUCAUUAUUUUGUUUUAGUUUUAUUAUUAUUUGUUUUUUGCAUUUAUUGUAAAACUAAAAGUAUUUACUUGAUUAAUAAUUACAUUUUAUUUAAUCGUAAGAUUCAUACAAUUUUGCCAUAUUUUGUUGCUUCUUAAUUUUUAGUUUAUUUAAUUUUUUUAGUCAAUAUAAUAAGCAAAAUUUAGCAGGCAUUUUAGUUACACAUUGUUAGAUCAAUAUUUUUAGCUUUUUCAGUUUUAGCGAAAAAUAAAUAAUAAAAUUUUAAUAAAAAAUAUGAAAA